AUGGAAGGCAACUACAAGAACAUGCGCCUAAAAGAGUGGUUGAUUGCCCAAAUAGAGAGUGGAAAAUAUGCUGGAGUAACAUGGGAAAACCAGGAAAAAACUAUGUUUCGGAUUCCAUGGAAACAUGCUGCGAAGCAAGAUUAUAACCAACACGAAGACGCUGCACUCUUCAAGGCCUGGGCCAUGUUCAAGGGGAAGUAUCAGGAGGGGAAGGACAGGGCUGACCCCUCUGUGUGGAAAACCCGUUUGCGCUGUGCCCUGAACAAGAGCACUGACUUCCAGGAGGUGCCAGAACGGAGCCAGCUGGACAUCUCUGAGCCCUACAAAGUGUACAGGAUCCAGGCUGAGGAGGACAGGGGGAAGGAUUCCUCUGACAGUCCUGUGAUUUUUGUGGGAAGUCUGCCAGGGGCAUCAGGAGGUCCAGCCCAAAAGUUUGGCUCCCACAUUAAUGUGGAUGGGGAACGGAGGGAGAAGACAGACAGCCAGGCCCAGCAGUGCAGUCCAGCCUGCAGGAAGAUCUGGACUGAACCCACAGACUGUGAGGGGCGUGAGAAUUUGAAGUACUGCACGCGCUCAACAUUGGGAGAGGCAUGUCUUGAAGCCCCUGUUGCCAUAGUACAAGUCACCUACCCAGCUGCCUUCCAAAUCACAGAUUUUCGGCUGCAGGUGCGUCUGUAUUACCUGGGCCAGCUAGUCCAGGACUUCACCACCAGCACCCCAGAGGGUUGCCGGAUCCUGCAUGGAACGGUCCAGGCGGAGAAUGAGAAAAUCUACGGGCCUUGCGCAGUGGAGCAGAUCCAUUUCCCCCCGCCCCAGGUGGCUCAUUUGCCGCCCAAGAUCGGCAGAGCCCUGACCCACCUGCUGCCCCACCUGGAGAGGGGCGUGCUGGUAUGGGCGGCCCCCGAUGGUGUCUUCAUCAAGCGCUUCUGCCAGGGCCGGGUGUACUGGAGCGGGCCGCAGGCUCGGAACCAGGACCAGCCAAACAAGCUGGAAAGAGAGAAGACCUGCAAGCUGCUGGACAUGGCUGUCUUUAACCAGGAGUUUCAGCAGUAUCUGGAGAGGGGUGGGCCUGCGCCACGCUUUGAGGUUGACCUGUGCUUUGGGGAGGAGUUCCCAGAACCUGGCAAGACUUUUGCCGAGAAGCUCAUCACUGCUCACGUGGAGACCCUGUUUGUGAAAGAGCUGGUGAUGCAAGAGGUUCUAGUGCUGAAGACCAGACCCAGAGAUGAGUCGUAGAACACCCUGCGCCCUGGCUUGACAGAUGCCACCAAAACCCCAUAUGUCCUUACUGAGUUGAGGACAUGACAGAUGGA